CAACAAAGAACCCACUACAAUCAAACAAGAUGAACUACAAUGGAAGUAUUCUGGGAGAUGGUUCCAAUAGAGAACUGUACAGACCUGUGAGAAGGGAUCGUAGUGGAUAUAGGCAAGACGAAAAUCCAAGCCGGUAUGAUGAGUAUCGUCCUAGGAGGGAUGAUACUCUGUCUAGACCGAGAGAAGAUGCAAGACUGAGGAACGACCCGAGAAGAGGGGGUAACCAAGGAGGAGACUUCAGAAGAGGUGAAUUUGAUAGGGACCAACGUGGUGGUCAUGGUGGGUAUAGAUCAUAUAAUCAAGAUUAUCGAGGCGAUGAAUAUAGAGAUCGAGCAAGAGUUAGAACCCAGGGAAACACAGAGCGAGAUCCCAGAGACUUUGGAGGUUAUUCAAGACCUUCAGGCAAUAAUUAUCGUAAUAAUCAACGGCCAAGAAAUUCAGAUUCAUACCGAAGAUAUGACGAUAAUAAUCAAAAUAAUUUUAAUAAUGGUUCUAAUCCCCAAUCAAAUAGAAGGGGAAGUCCACUCACCACUCCAAGUAAGAAUAAAGUUGAAGAAGAAAACAUCCCAAGAGAAGAACUUAUAGCACAAUAUGAGAAGAAGCUUUUAACGAUGAAAAAAGUCACACCAAUUGAAGAAUUUAGUAUUAUUGAUUCACAAUGGGGUAUCAAACCAAAAGGAUUUGAAAAUGUGACAGUACAAAGAGCAAAAUUAUCAGGAUUGUUCCCACUUCCAGGAUAUCCUAGACCGGUUGAUUUUACGAAACUUGAAGGUUUACUUAAAGAUAAACUUAGUAACUCAGAUGAUAUUUUAAAUGAAAGGUAUAGAAUAGAUCCAUUAGAUUCUAGAAAUGCCAAAAUACUAAUUAUUAGCGGUAUUGAUUUCGAAAAAGCGGAUCAUUUGAAAGUUGCUGAUUAUUUUAAUAAAUUUUUAGCAAAGAUAGAUAUACCUGAAACAUCUUUACAAAAUAUUGAAUCGAAAAGAAAAACCAAAGGAGAUAAAAGUUUAAUUAUAGAAUUCAAAAACAAUACAUGUGCCACGAUAUGUUUGGCAUUGAAUGGAGCAGUGAUAUCAUAUGAUCAAAUCAAGCAACAGUCCACUCCCGACGAAGAAGAAGAUGAUAAGGAAUUAGCCGAAACAUCUACCACCAUUGAAGAAGCUCAAUUUGAAAUUGUAAGACCAGGAGAAUAUGUUACUCAAUGUUUACCACCUUAUAAGGAAAUAAAAUUGGAUGAAAUAGAAGAAGUUGUGAUUGAUAAUCCCCGCAAAAUUACCAUUUUGGUUAACGAAGAUACUACAGAUACAGAAUUAUUAGACAUUUUGAAGGCAAGAGCCCCGGUUAAAUCAUUUCAAUUAUUACGUGAAACAGGUACUAAAAACUCCAUUGGGAUUGCAUUUGCAGAAUUCUAUUUUGAUCCAUCUGCCUUUAAAAAUACAAUCAAGGUGAUUCCAGCAAUUCAAAAUAUAAUUGACAGUCUUCAAAGAGAAGAAGUUAUUAAGAAUGCAUUUUUGUCUUGUGUGAUUCCUGGGAAAACAGGAAUUGAAGAUUGUCCUAUGGAUUUCAAUUCACUCAAGGCAUUAGCCAAGGGUGAAUAUGUUACUAAUCAUCCAAAGCUGAGAGUGAUUGAGUUAAUUAACUUGGUUACACCAAAGGAUUUGGUGGAAGAUGAUAAUUUCAAAUUUAUAUAUCAAGAUAUCCUUCAAGAAUGUCGGACAUUUGGUGAAGUUAUCAGUGUGAAAAUCCCUAGACCUGCAAACGAUUAUACUCCUGGAAUUAGUCAAUUCACUCAACCUGGGUUGGGGAAAGUAUAUGUUGAAUUUCUGGAUGAACAACUGGCAUUGGAUGCCAUCAUGGGUCUUGCCGGACGAAUGUACAAUGACAGGACAGUUCUUUGUGCAUUCCACAACCAUGAAGAUUUUAAAAAUGGGUUGCUUUAA